UUAACAAUUUACAUCCGCAUCCUGUUCGACAAUCCUGUUGCGACGUCAACUUGCAAAAAAGUUCGGGCGUUACACACGCUCUGUGCAGCUUUGUGCGAAAUAAAACCCAAGAGGAGCAUAUUGAUAGAAACGUUAAAAAUGGAAUUCAUAUUUGGUCUCCUGCUUUUAUUUGGAGGAGUUUUCAGCAAAACGCUUGUCGCCGAGAACGGGACCGUUGAAUUUCAAUCGGAUGACUUCGCUCCUUUCAACUGGUCAAGGUCGACGAUUGAGAUGCCGGACGCUGACCCCGCUAACCCAACUGACCUAUAUGACGUCACGGAUGACAUCACGUCGUUUAAGCCACAGUCAAAUUACAUGGCAGAGCUGUGUGGAUUGAAGCGAAUCCUUCACGACCGAAAUGCUAUCCUGAUGUCCCUGUCUCGCAAUGGCCUCGCCCCUCGCGAAACCACAUGUGUGUCGGGAGUGGAGUCCGCUGCAUACUCGAACUACAUGCUGGUGAUAACCUUCAACGCGGUCUCGAUGACCUUGCCGACUUCCGGUGUCUGCAACCACGCCAGGCUGGACCUGUUCACUGGAAAGGCUUUAACACCAGCAAAUCGCUUAAACGGAGAGGGAGGUUUAUGUGGCAGCCGAAUCACGGGCUACUUCGUGACGUCAUCCAACUUCCUGACGCUUGAAUUCAAGCAGAUACUCAUGGCGCCUUCAUCGCGCCAAAGUUUUACGGCAAUCAUUACCCCGUUUCAUCGUGGCCGAUGCGCACAUGACGAGUUCAGAUGCGCCAACGGAUUUUGCGUGCAGAAUAACAUGCUCUGCGACGGCUACAACAACUGCGGUGAUAACAGCGAUGAGAAAUCAUGUGCGAAAUUAGCCCUGUCCAUCGCCGCCAUUAUCGGCAUCGCCGUCGGGGGCGUUGUAUUGGUUGCGCUGAUUAUCACGUGCAUCUGCUGCAGAUGCUGCUGCUCCCUAUACGAGAGGCUAUAAUAAGCUACAAAUGAUGCUAUUAUUAGAGACACAAGAUACAAAUGAUGCUAUUAUUAGAGACACAAGAUACAAAUGAUGCUAUUAUUAGAGACACAAGCUACAAAUGAUGCUAUUAUUAGAGACACAAUAUACAAAUGAUGCUAUUAUUAGAGACACAAGCUACAAAUGAUGCUAUUAUUAGAGACACAAGCUACAAAUGAUGCUAUUAUUAGAGACACAAGCUACAAAUGAUGCUAUUAUUAGAGACACAAGAUACAAAUGAUGCUAUUAUUAGAGACACAAGAUACAAAUGAUGCUAUUAUUAGAGACACAAGCUACAAAUGAUGCUAUUAUUAGAGACACAAGCUACAAAUGAUGCUAUUAUUAGAGACACAAGCUACAAAUGAUGCUAUUAUUAGAGACACAAGCUACAAAUGAUGCUAUUAUUAGACACACAAGCUACAGAUUAUGAUAUUUUUAGACACAUAAGCUACAGAUGAUGCUAUUGUUAGAAACAAAAAGCUAUAGAUGAUACUAUCUUUGGAAACACAGGUUACCGAUGAUACUAUCUUUAGAAACACAAACUACAGAUGAUGCUAUCUUUAGAAACACAAGCGACAAAUGAUUCGAUUUUUAGAAACAGAAAUGCAGGCUACCGAUCAGGCUAUUUUUAGAAACACAAGCUACAUAUGAUGCUAUUUUAAGUAACAUAAGCAACAUAUAUUGCUAUUGUUAGCAACGUAGCCUACAGAUUAUGCUUUUUUAAUAAACGAGAUUCCAGAUUUUUUUCCUGAAAAUUAUGCAAAACAAAUAGACGCAAGUGUUCAAAAUGUGAACAAUGAAUUAAAACCAUUUUUCAUUAUGUACAAGUCAUAUUAAAUUGUAAUAUAAUAUUAUAUUAAACCCUACCGCCACAAA